GGAUGUACCCUGUUGAGAGAUAUAUGAAGAUCUUAAAAGGAUAUGUCAAGAAUCAAUACCGCCCAGAAGCCUCUAUUGUGGAGAGGUACAUUGCAGAAGAAGCCAUUGAGUUUUGUUCAGGGUACAUGUCGAAAUCAGAACCAAUAGGAAUUCCCAAGACUCGACAUGAUGGGAAACAAUUUGGUAAGGGUACUCGAAGUUUAAAGAUUAGAACUGUGAGUCGAACAGAAGUUGACCAAGCACAUUUGUACAUAUUGAACAACACUGAUGAAGUAAUUCCUUACAUAUCUGAACACAUAGAUGAAAUCAAGAUAGCACACCCCCGGAUGAAUGAGAAAUGGGUAUUGAAUGAACAUAACAAGAGUUUCUUAGCUUGGUUUAAGAAAAAGGUUUACGGUGAGGUUAAUGCUUCUGAUACACUUUUGAGACUCGCUCGUGGGCCUAACAACGAUGUCAUUACAUUUGGUGGGUAUGACAUUAACAAAUAUUGUUUCUAUACAAAGACAGAAGAUGACAAAAGUAGAGUACAAAAUAGUGGGGUUACAAUUCAGGCUGAGGCUGUGCACUUUGCUAGUUCAAAAGAUAAAAAUCCCAUUACAGCAUCCAUGAGUUAUUUCGGAGUCAUAGAAGACAUAUGGGAAAUUGAUUAUGUUACGUUUAGAGUGCCUGUGUUCAAGUGUAAAUGGGUUGAUGGCAAUACGGGUGUGCGGACAGAUGAUUUAGGAUUUACUUUGGUUGAUUUGAAUAAGGUCGGCUAUAAGGAUGAACCUUUUAUUAUGGCAUAUCAAGCAAGACAAGUUUUUUAUGUCAAGGAUCCAUGUAAUGAGAAAUGGUCAGUGGUCCUCGAAGGAAGAACCAUGCAUGGAACUCACGAAGAUGAGUCUCUAGAUAUGCAUGAGACACCGUCUUUCUCAAGCAGAUCAUUUGGUCCUAUUGCGGACAAUGAAGUGGACGAAAUACAUGCUAUUCGAAGUGAUCAUGAUGAAGGAAUAUGGGAAAACAUUCCAACCUAAUAGGAUUAUGGAGGAUUCGGGGUCUGGCAGUGGAAGGAGGGAAGGUAGAUCUGUCACCUG